GAGACUUGCAGGGAGGCAAGAAGACACUCUGGACACCACUAUGGACAGGUAAAGAGGCAGUCUCCUCGUAGGUGAUUGCACUGGCCUUCCUCUCAGAGCAAAUCUGAGUAAUGAGACUGGUAGCUAUCCCUUUCUCUCAUGUAACUGUCUGACUGAUAAGAUCAGCUUGAUCAAUAUGCAUAUAUAUUUUUUAUCUGUCUCCUUUUCUUCUAUUCAGAUCUUAUACGCUGUCAGCCCAAUUCUUUCUGUUUCAGACUUCUCUCGAUUUCUCUCUUUUUCAUGUGGCAAAAGAAGUAGUGCGUACAAUGUACUGAUUCGUCCUGAGAUUUGUACCAUGGUUGAAACUAAUUUAUGGUAAUAAUAUUAACAUAGCAAAUCUUUAGAGACUCAAAUCAUGAAAAGGUAAUAGCAGUACUGUACUAAAAAUGGUAGUGUUAAUUUUUGUAAUAAUUUUGUAAAUAUUCAACAGUAAAACAACUUGAAGACACACUUUCCUAGGGAGACGUUACUGAAAUAAUUUAGCUAUAGUAAGAAAAUUUGUAAUUUUAGAAAUGCCAAGCAUUCUAAAUUACUUGCUUGAAAGUCACUAUGAUUGUGUCCAUUAUAAGGAGAAAAAUUCAUUCAAGCAAGUUAUUUAAUGUUAAAGGCCCAAUUGUUAGGCAGUUAAUGGCACUUUUACUAUUAACUAAUCUUUCCAUUUGUUCAGACGUAGCUUAACUUACCUCUUAGGUGUGAAUUUGGUUAAGGUCCUCAUAAUGUCUUUAUGUGCAGUUUUUGAUAAGUUAUUCUCAUAGAACUUAUUCUAUUCCUACAUUUAUGAUUACUAUGGAUGUAUGAGAAUAACACCUAAUCCUUAUACUUUACCUCAAUUUAACUCCUUUAUAAAGAACUUACAUUACAGAAUAAAGAUUUUUUAAAAAUAUAUUUUUUUGUAGAGACAGGGUCUUAGCCCAGCCCAGGCUGGUCUCUAAGUCCUGGCCCAAGCAAUCCUCCUGCCUGGGCCUCCUAAAGUGCUGGAAUUAUAGACAUGAGCCAUCACAUCCAAUAUACAGAAUAAAGAUUUUUAAUGGAGGAUUUAAUGUUCUUCAGAAAAUUUUCUUGAGGUCAGACAAUGUCAAAUGUCUCCUCAGUUUACACUGAGAUUUUGAAAACAAGUCUGAGCCAUAGGUCCUUGUGAAGGGUCCAUUGGAAAUACUUGUUCAAAGUAAAAUGGAAAGCAAAGGUAAAAUCAGCAGUUGAAAUUCAGAGAAAGACAGAAAAGGAGAAAAGAUGAAAUUCAACAGGACAGAAGGGAAAUAUAUUAUCAUCAAGGAGGACAGUAUCUGUAGAGCUCAUUAGUGAUGGCAAAAUGACUUGGUCAGGAUUAUUUUUAACCCGCUUGUUUCUGGUUUGCACGGCUGGGGAUGCAGCUAGGGUUCUGCCUCAGGGAGCACAGCUGUCCAGAGCAGCUGUCAGCCUGCAAGCCUGAAACACUCCCUCGGUAAAGUCCUUCCUACUCAGGACAGAAAUGACGAGAACAGGGAGCUGGAAACAGGUCCCUAACCAGAGAAGGGAAGUAAUGGAUCAACAAAGUUAACUAGCAGGUCAGGAUCAUGCAAUUCAUUUCACUCUGACUGGUAACAUGUGACAGAAACAGUGUAGGCUUAUUGUAUUUUCAUGUAGAGUAGGACCCAAAAAUCCACCCAAAGUCCUUUAUCUAUGCCACAUCCUUCUUAUCUAUACUUCCAGGACACUUUUUCUUCCUUAUGAUAAGGCUCUCUCUCUCUCCACACACACACACACACAAACACACACCCCGCCAACCAAGGUGCAUGUAAAAAGAUGUAGAUUCCUCUGCCUUUCUCAUCUACACAGCCCAGGAGGCCUCUUGAUGAACCGGAAGAAGUUUCUUUACCAAUUCAAAAAUGUCCGCUGGGCUAAGGGUCGGCGUGAGACCUACCUGUGCUACGUAGUGAAGAGGCGGGACAGUGCUACAUCCUUUUCACUGGACUUUGGUUAUCUUCGCAAUAAGAACGGCUGCCACGUGGAAUUGCUCUUCCUCCGCUACAUCUCGGACUGGGACCUAGACCCUGGCCGCUGCUACCGCGUCACCUGGUUCACCUCCUGGAGCCCCUGCUACGACUGUGCCCGACAUGUGGCCGACUUUCUGCGAGGGAACCCCAACCUCAGUCUGAGGAUCUUCACCGCGCGCCUCUACUUCUGUGAGGACCGCAAGGCUGAGCCCGAGGGGCUGCGGCGGCUGCACCGCGCCGGGGUGCAAAUAGCCAUCAUGACCUUCAAAGAUUAUUUUUACUGCUGGAAUACUUUUGUAGAAAACCAUGAAAGGACUUUCAAAGCCUGGGAAGGGCUGCAUGAAAAUUCAGUUCGUCUCUCCAGACAGCUUCGGCGCAUCCUUUUGCCCCUGUAUGAGGUUGAUGACUUACGAGACGCAUUUCGUACUUUGGGACUUUGAUAGCAACUUCCAGGAAUGUCACACACGAUGAAAUAUCUCUGCUGAAGACAGUGGAUAAAAAACAGUCCUUCAAGUCUUCUCUGUUUUUCUUCUUCAACUCUCACUUUCUUAGAGUUUACCGAAAAAAUAUUUAUAUACGACUCUUUAAAAAGAUCUAUGUCUUGAAAAUAGAGAAGGAACACAGGUCUGGCCAGGGACGUGCUGCAAUUGGUGCAGUUUUGAAUGCAACAUUGUCCCCUACUGGGAAUAACAGAACUGCAGGACCUGGGAGCAUCCUAAAGUGUCAACGUUUUUCUAUGACUUUUAGGCAGGAUGAGAGCAGAAGGUAGAUCCUAAAAAGCAUGGUGAGAGGAUCAAAUGUUUUUAUAUCAACAUCCUUUAUUAUUUGAUUCAUUUGAGUUAACAGUGGUGUUAGUGAUAGAUUUUUCUAUUCUUUUCCCUUGACGUUUACUUUCAAGUAACACAAACUCUUCCAUCAGGCCAUGAUCUACAGGACCUCCUAAUGAGAGUAUCUGGGUGAUUGUGACCCCAAACCAUCUCUCCAAAGCAUUAAUAUCCAAUCAUGCGCUGUAUGUUUUAAUCAGCAGAAGCAUGUUUUUAUGUUUGUACAAAAGAAGAUUGUUAUGCGUGGGGAUGGAGGUAUAGACCAUGCAUGGUCACCUUCAAGCUACUUUAAUAAAGGAUCUUAAAAUGGGCAGGAGGACUGUGAACAAGACACCCUAAUAAUGGGUUGAUGUCUGAAGUAGCAAAUCUUCUGGAAACACAAACUCUUUUAAGGAAGUCCCUAAUUUAGAAACACCCACAAACUUCACAUAUCAUAAUUAGCAAACAAUUGGAAGGAAGUUGCUUGAAUGUUGGAAAGAGGAAAAUCUAUUGGCUCUCGUGGGUCUCUUCAUCUCAGAAAUGCCAAUCAGGUCAAGGUUUGCUACAUUUUGUAUGUGUGUGAUGCUUCUCCCAAAGGUAUAUUAACUAUAUAAGAGAGUUGUGACAAAACAGAAUGAUAAAGCUGCGAACUGUGGCACACGCUUAUAGUUCUAGCUGCUUGGGAGGUUGAGGAGGGAGGAUGGCUUGAACACAGGUGUUCAAGGCCAGCCUGGGCAACAUAACAAGACCCUGUCUUAAAAAAAAAAAAAAAAGAGAGAGGGCCGGGCGUGGUGGCUCACGCCUGUAAUCCCAGCACUUUGGGAGGCCGAGCCGGGCGGAUCACCUGUGGUCAGGAGUUUGAGACCAGCCUGGCCAACAUGGCAAAACCCCGUCUGUACUAAAAAUACAAAAAUUAGCCAGGCGUGGUAGCAGGCACCUGUAAUCCCAGCUACUUGGGAGGCUGAGGCAGGAGAAUCGCUUGAACCCAGGAGGUGGAGGUUGCAGUAAGCCGAGAUUGUGCCGUUGCACUCCAGCCUGGGCGACAAGAGCAAGACUCUGUCUCAGAAAAAAAAAAAAAAAAAAAAAGAGAGAGAGAGAGAAAGAGAACAAUAUUUGGGAGAGAAGGAUGGGGAAGCAUUGCAAGGAAAUUGUGCUUUAUCCAACAAAAUGUAAGGAGCCAAUAAGGGAUCCCUAUUUGUCUCUUUUGGUGUCUAUUUGUCCCUAACAACUGUCUUUGAUAGUGAGAAAAAUAUUCAGAAUAACCAUAUCCCUGUGCAGUUAUUACCUAGCAACCCUUGCAAUGAAGAUGAGCAGAUCCACAGGAAAACUUGAAUGCACAACUGUCUUAUUUUAAUCUUAUUGUACAUAAGUUUGUAAAAGAGUUAAAAAUUGUUACUUCAUGUAUUCAUUUAUAUUUUAUAUUAUUUUGCGUCUAAUGAUUUUUUAUUAACAUGAUUUCCUUUUCUGAUAUAUUGAAAUGGAGUCUCAAAGCUUCAUAAAUUUAUAACUUUAGAAAUGAUUCUAAUAACAAUGUAUGUAAUUGUAACAUUGCAGUAAUGGUGCUACAAAGCCAUUUCUCUUGAUUUUUAGUAAACUUUUAUGACAGCAAA